CAUCCUGAACCAAAACCCUAAAAACUGCGUAAAUUAAAGCCAGCCAGCCUCCUUUGCCUUCUUCUCCACUACUUGGCCUCUCCCACAUACUUCACCACAAUCAUGCCACCUCAUCACCGGUUUCUUGCGCCAUGUCUCAGAACUAUCACCGUCACCUGAGCUCCGUCGUCUUCCAAAGCCAUCUCCGACCAACCAUUUCAGCUACGACUAUCACUACCAUUUCAACCAUCAUAACCAUUACCAUUCAUUGAGAAAAAAAAAUCUUCAGCUCACUAUACAUUUUCAACUUUAAAGUUCAAAUAUUAUAGUCUGUUAGUGAAGCCAAAUUCUAGCGUUAUUCUAGAAUAUCGUUUCGGACCGGGUUGAAUCGGAGACUGUUUAGCUAUUGUUUCGGUUGAAAGAUGGCUAUUUUGAAGAGCUAUUGCGUGUGCUUGAGGGAAUCUACGCCCAAGUUUCUCCGUCCCAAUCUCUACGAUAAUUACAGGAGAAGAAACGCAAAAUGGAAAUCUCCACAAGCAGCUGUUAUUCCUUGUACCCAUCUCCCAAUGCGUAGUUUCGAGGUUAAAAACAGAACGUCACCAGAAGAUAUAAAAUCUCUUCGAUUGAUAACAGUCAUCAAAACCCCAUAUCUACCGGAUGGAAGGUUUGAUCUCGAAGCAUAUGAUGACUUGGUGAACAUGCAAAUUGAAAACGGUGCUGAAGCUGUAAUUGUUGGUGGUACAACUGGUGAGGGCCAGCUGAUGAGCUGGGAUGAGCACAUAAUGCUUAUUGGUCAUACAGUCAACUGUUUUGGUGGAUCGGUUAAGGUAAUUGGUAACACAGGAAGCAACUCAACCAGGGAAGCGAUUCAUGCCACCGAACAAGGUUUUGCUGUUGGAAUGCAUGCUGCCCUUCACAUCAAUCCUUACUAUGGCAAAACAUCAGUGGAGGGCUUGAUUUCCCACUUCGACAGUGUGCUGCCGAUGGGACCUACUAUCAUAUACAAUGUGCCAUCGCGAACCGGCCAAGAUAUUCCGCCACAUAUCAUCAACACUCUAGCUGAGUCUCCUAACUUGGCUGGAAUUAAAGAAUGCGUUGGAAAUGACCGAAUCGAGCAGUACACAGGCAAUGGAAUGGUAGUGUGGAGUGGGAAUGAUGAUCAGUGUCAUGAUGCUAGGUGGAGCCAUGGGGCUACCGGGGUGAUUUCUGUUACAAGCAACCUGGUUCCUAGUUUAUGCGAGAACUCAUGUUUGGAGGUAAAAAACACUGCACUUAACGCAAAGCUCUUACCUCUUAUCGAGUGGCUCUUUCAAGAGCCUAACCCUGUUGGCCUUAACACGGCCCUUGCACAACUCGGGGUUGUGAGGCCAGUUUUCAGGUUACCAUAUGUACCUCUUCCAUUUGAAAAGAGGGUGGAAUUUGUUAAUCUGGUUAAGGAAAUCGGGCGGGAGAAUUUUGUGGGAAAAAAAGAAGUUCAAGUUCUUGAUGAUGAUGACUUCAUCUUGGUUGGGCGGUAUUAGUUAGUCAUUUGUAGAUGUUCAGAGAACUAUGGAGUCUAGUAUGGAUAUCGAGUCUCAAUUUCGAGUUUCAUCUUCAAAAAUUACAAAUAAAGUUGCCUACUUGCAGGUUGUAAAUGGAACAAGUUGGAACUAAUGGCUUUUUGUUUUAAUUUAUGUUUGUUGUAUGU